AUGUCAACUGAGCAACGCCCAACUGGCGAUGCCCUCAUUACCUCCGAGGACCCGAACCACCCUGCAAACCUGAUCCCUUCGCUAUGCGCAAAGUUCUGGACUCUGGGCUGGGUUACGGGAACAGGAGGCGGUUGCUCCAUUCGAGAUGAUGAUCUCGUAUACAUUGCGCCCUCGGGCGUUCAAAAAGAACUCAUGAAGAACACCGACAUCUACGUCAUGGCUCUUUCUGAGCAAGAUCCUAACCACAAUAAGCUCAACCAGCGCACCUAUCUGCGAUCUCCUCCCUGCUAUAAGCCUUCUCAGUGCACCCCAUUGUUCCUUGCUGCUUUCACCCGCCGAGGGGCUGGCUGUUGUAUACAUACUCACUCUCAAUGGGCUGUUCUUGUGACCCUCCUGUUAGAAUCCCAAGGCCCCGGAAAAGACCGAGUUUUCGAGAUCAACAACAUUGAGCAAAUCAAGGGCUUUGGCCGCGGCAUGAACAAGACAGGCAACCUGGGCUAUCAUGACACCCUUCGCAUUCCAGUUAUCGAGAACACUCCUCAUGAGGAGGACUUGACUGAGUAUCUCGAAGAAGCGAUGGAUAAGUAUCCCGACACAUACGCUGUUCUCGUCCGUCGUCACGGUGUCUAUGUCUGGGGUGAUAACGUUCAUAAGGCCAAGACUCAAUGUGAGAGUCUCGAUUACCUGUUCCAGCUUGCCGUUGAGAUGAAGAAGCUUGGCCUUCCUUGGAUCAGCGAAGUCGAGCAGAUUGCUCCCCAGCGAACAUAG